AGAAAGCAGGUGGGAGGGCGAGGCCGCGGCAGAGGCCAGGCUAUGGCAGACCCGCUGAAGGCGCGCACCGAGCGGCUGCUGACCGACUACCUGGGGUACUGCGCCCGCGAGCCCGGCGCCCCAGAGCCGCAGCCGUCCUCUCCCGAGGCCGCUGUGCUGCGCUCCACGGCCGCCCAGCUGCAGCGGCUCCACCAGCCCUUCUUCGCCCGGGGCCGGGGCUACCCCGGGAACCCCCUCGAGCUGCUGGGCAUCAUGAGCAAUCAGAUUGUCCUCCGCUCUCUCUUCUGGCAGGAUGGCUUUUGUCUCUUCUUCAGGACGUCCUCCCCGCUGAUUUCCUGGAGGAGACUGCUGAUCCAGGCUUUUCUGUCCUGCCUGCUAGCAACAGCCCUCAUCUAUUCCUGGACACGAUUAUUAUAAAUUCUCAAGGUCAACCCAUUUCUACUGGCCUAGCUGUGACCAGCGAAGGGACAGUCGGGGAUGAGACAAGAACUGAAGCAGACCACCUUCCUGGGGGCAUUUCUAUCUGCAUGUAUGCAGGGAGUCCUGAGGGGAAGACCU